UGUACCUUAUUUGGGCAUGCAAAGAGUAUGUGAGCGGGAAUGUAAAUAGUUGCUAGUUAGACUUCCUUUCUUUUCCGUGUCAACGCGCUACAAUUGUUGUUCUACACUGGUGUGAGUGUGUGGAGAGAAAUUUGUUGGUGACGCUUUGUUGUGUGGAUCAUUCCUGUUGAGAAGAAGAGGGACUGAGCUUGACAGGGUGAAUUAUGGGGUACGAUGAGGUGGUAUUCAAGUCUCCCGUCGAUAAACAUUUGGAAUGUCCGGUGUGUUUGUUUCCACUGAAGUCUCCCGUGCAGACGGACUGCGGACAUCUUUUCUGCCAGGCUUGCAUUGCUCCCAUACUCCGGCACAAGGAACCCAAGUGUCCUCUUGAUAAGAAACCGUUGGAUUUGUCUCGGAUAUUUCCUGAUAAUUACACGAAUAAGCUACUGUUGAAUAUGACUGUGUUGUGUAAUCAUGGUGGAGAUGGUUGUGGAUGGGAGGGGCUGUUGAAAGAUCUUGAGGAGCAUUUGGACGAAUGUCUUUAUAUGCCGACUUUAUGUUCACUUAAAUGUGGUAUGUUACUGCCAAGGAAAGACAUAAAGGAACACCAAAAGACAUCAUGUGAAAAAAGAAAAGUCAUUUGUCCUCAUUGCUCAAAGAAGUUCUCAAAUGCUGCACUUACAGAUCACGUGACUAAAGAUUGUCCGAUGGUAGAAGUGGGGUGCAAGUAUGAAUGCGGAGUGCCAAAAAUGCCAAGAUGCAAGAUGAGUGAACAUAUUGACCCUGUGACCGGAAAUUGCUCAAAAGCUCAAGUUGUUUGUCCUUUCUUUAAAGGAGGAUGUGACCACAAGAUGCCAAGGACUGAUCUCGAAGCACACCUAAAGGACGUCGAGUAUAUGGGCAAACAUUUUUUGGGAUUUCAUAUCGCCACGAUUGAAGCAAGCAAACAAGAUGACAAAGAGAAACGUCUUCAGGAAGCCGAAGAGAAAGCACAACGAGCCGAAGCUCUGGUGCAGAUAUUCGAAGCCGAUAAAUAUCAACUACAGCAAAGGGUAGUGAAGCUAGAAGAGAGAGUCGAUAAUGUACAAUUGAUCAACGCAAACUUGGAGAAGAAAGUCGCCGAUCUUGAAAUUGCACUGCAAAUGUCAAACUGUGACUCCCGACGUUUUGAGCAACAGAAUCGGAUGCCAAUUGCAAGCAGUGGUCUAAAGGAAUUUUAUCUUGCAACCGACACAGUCAAAGAUGGAUGUACAGAUUCUCUCCCAGACACCACAACAGUUGAGAGCAUUUCUGUUAACCCCCAGCUAUUGGCCGAUGUUGAAAGCUGCAAACAGAAGAUUUCCGAUUUUGAGAAGCAGAUGAGGAGUAUGGAUCGUAUGACAGCGGCUCGUGAUAUUUCUGUGGCCGAACAGGAUCUACGCAUUCAAGUCUUAGAGAGUAGUUUCUACGACGGCGUUCUCUUGUGGAGAAUACCGAACUUCCGACGUCGCAGACAGGAUGCGAUUUCUGGACGAACGACGUCGCUCUAUUCGCCUCCGUUUUACUCGAGUCGCAGGGGGUACAAAAUGUGUGGGCGUGUCUAUCUGAAUGGAGACGGGAUGGGAAAGGGCACACAUUUGUCAUUGUUUUUUGUUGUGAUGAAGGGUAACUUUGAUGCUCUUCUUCCGUGGCCAUUUAGACAGCGUGUCACUCUCAUGGUGCUCAAUCAGAGCAACCCCCAACGUCACACACUUGAUACGUUUCGUCCCGAUUCUCAAAGCUCGUCGUUUCAGAGACCGAGUCAAGAUAUGAAUGUGGCAAGUGGAUGUCCACUGUUCAUUCCACUUCCAGCACUUGAGACAAAAGGAUAUGUGAAGGACGACGUUCUCUUCGUUUGUAUCAAAGUUGACACCUCAAACAUUCCACAACUGUAACGUCUUUGGUUGUUUAUAUUAACCAGAAUUAAAGCCCGUGACAAAAAAUUUUUGUUCAAAAUUGUUGUGUUUAUGUUACAUAGCAUGUGGCGACUGGUUAGUGUGUUAUUGUUUAGUGAUGUCAUGUGGGUGUGUUAGCUUGAUUACUUUCGUAGACUACUGUAGAUGCAGUGCAUUUGAAUUUGAUUGUUGGAUAU